CAGCUGGUGCUGGGAGCUGGGGAUUCAGAGGAUCUGCCCUGACCAUUUGGGGACAUUGACCGAAAAAGCGGCUGGACCCAGAGGACAGUAAGCAGAGGAACGGAUGAGGCUCUCAGGAGCCAAGUCACGGGCAAGGGGCAGCCAUUUGCGACAUCUGAGAGUGAUCAGCUCAGUCAAGUCUUAAAAAGACUUCCGGGCGUUUCAAGAAAAGGUGCAAACCACAGGAAACCUGUCAGAAGGAUCUCGCGUGGAGAGAGGCUCCUUGUCCCCGCAGUGCAGGCUGGCAUCACUUGCCUGAAACCGCUGAGACUCGGAGAUGUUCAGAGGAGGUUUUGUCUCGCAGACCCACACAGCCUGCACUUCAGCCAACCUCUGUGACCCCCCAAGAGUAGACCAGUAUGCCCAAGAUAACCCUGAAAGGUGUGACAGUGGACUUCCCUUUCCAGCCGUACAAAUGCCAAGAGGAGUACAUGAGCAAGGUUUUGGAGUGCCUGCAGAAGAAAGUGAACGGCAUUCUGGAGAGCCCCACAGGCACAGGGAAGACACUGUGCCUUCUCUGCAGCACACUGGCCUGGCGAGAGCACCUCCGAGACGCGGUCUCUGCCCGCAGGAUCGCUGAGAGGGCGUCAGGGGAGCUCUUCCCCGACCGCACCUUGGCGUCCUGGGGGAACGCCAUCCCGGAAGGAGAUGUCCCAGCCUGCUACACGGACAUCCCGAAGAUCAUCUAUGCUUCCAGGACUCACUCGCAGCUCACACAGGUCAUCAGUGAGCUCCGAAACACUUCCUACCGGCCCCGAGUGUGUGUGCUGGGCUCCCGGGAACAGCUGUGUAUCCACCCUGAGGUGAAGAAGCAGGAGAGUAACCACAUGCAGGUCCACUUGUGCCGCAGGAAGGUGGCAAGUCGUUCCUGUCACUUCUACAACAACGUGGAAGAGAAGAGCCUGGAGCAGGAGCUGGCCACCCCCAUCCUGGACAUCGAGGACUUGGUCAGGAGCGGGACCAAGCACAAGCUGUGCCCCUACUACCUGUCUCGGAACCUGAAGCAGCAGGCGGACAUAAUCUUCAUGCCCUACAACUACCUGUUGGAUGCCAAGAGUCGUCGUGCACACGGCAUUGACCUGAAGGGGACGGUCGUGAUCUUUGAUGAAGCUCACAAUGUGGAGAAGAUGUGCGAGGAGGCUGCGUCCUUCGACUUGACACCCCACGACGUGGCCUCGGGGUUGGACGUGAUUGACCAGGUGUUGGAGGAGCGGACCAAGGUGGCACAGCAGGCUGAGCUCCACCCAGAGUUUAGUGCAGACUCCGCCGGGUCAGGGCUGAACUUGGAGCUGGAAGACCUCGCUAAGCUGAAGAUGAUUCUGCUUCGCCUGGAGGGGGCCAUCGAUGCUGUGGAGCUGCCUGGAGACAACAGCGGUGUCACCAAGCCUGGGAGCUACAUCUUCGAGCUGUUUGCUGAGGCCCAGAUCACGUUUCAGACCAAGGGCUGCAUCCUUGACUCCCUGGACCAGCUCAUCCAACACCUGGCAGGACGUGCCGGGCUGUUCACAAACACGGCAGGCCUGCAGAAGCUGGCGGACAUCAUCCAGAUUGUGUUCAGCGUGGACUCUGCCGAAGGUGACCCUGGUCCCAUGGUGGGGCUGGCAUCUCAGUCCUACAAGGUGCACAUCCACCUGGAUGCGGGUCACCGGAGGACAGCUCAGCGAUCAGAUGUCUGGAACACCACGGCGGCCAGAAAGCCAGGGAAGGUGCUGAGCUACUGGUGCUUCAGCCCUGGGCACAGCAUGCGUGAGCUGGUCCGCCAGGGCGUCCGCACCCUCAUCCUCACCAGUGGCACGCUGGCCCCCAUGGCCUCCUUCAGCCUGGAGAUGCAGAUCCCUUUCCCAGUCUGCCUGGAGAACCCCCACGUCAUCAACCAGCACCAGAUCUGGGUGGGGGUCAUCCCCAAAGGCCCCGAUGGAGCCCAGCUGAGCUCUGCCUUUGACAGACGGUUUUCUGAUGAGUGCCUGUCCUCCCUGGGGAAGGUGCUGAGCAACAUCUCCCGCGUGGUCCCUCACGGACUCCUGGUCUUCUUCCCUUCCUACCCGGUCAUGGAGAAAAGCCUGGAGUUCUGGAGGGCCCGUGACUUCACCAGGAAGCUGGAGGUCCGGAAGCCCCUGUUCGUGGAACCAAGGAGCAAAGGAGGCUUCUCGGAGGUGAUGGAGGCUUUCUACGCCAGAGUUGCUGCCCCCGAGUCCAGUGGGGCCAUCUUCCUGGCUGUGUGCCGGGGGAAGGCUAGUGAGGGACUGGACUUCUCAGACAUGAAUGGCCGUGGAGUGAUCGUCACAGGCCUCCCAUACCCACCCCGCAUGGACCCCAGGGUUCUCCUUAAGAUGCAGUUCCUGGAUGAGAUGAAGGCCCAGAGUGGGGCUGGGGGCCAGUUCCUCUCUGGGCACGACUGGUACCGGCAGCAGGCAUCCAGGGCUGUGAACCAGGCCAUCGGGCGGGUGAUCCGGCAUCGCCACGACUAUGGGGCCGUCUUUCUUUGUGAUCACAGGUUUGCCCACGCAGACACCAGAGCCCAGCUGCCCUCCUGGGUGCGCCCCCACGUCAAGGUGUACGAUAGCUUUGGCCAUGUCAUCCGAGACGUGGCCCAGUUCUUCCGUGUGGCCCAGAAGACUAUGCCUGAGCCAGCCCCCCGGGCUGCUGCCCCAAGUCUGGGCGAAGGAGAAGGCAUUGUCUCAGUGUCCGUGUCACCGGGCCCCCUCCCCACCAGGAAGGCCAUGAGUCUGGACGUGCAUGUCCCCAGCCUGAGGCAGCGACACACGGGCUCGCCAGUCACCAAGGAUACUGAGGGCAGCCUGUGUGUGGAGUACGAGCAGGAGCCCAUCCGUGCCCAGCGGAGGCCUGCGGGGCUGCUGGCUGCCCUGGAACACAAUGAGCAGCUGGCCGAGGGGCCUGGUGAUGAGGCCCUCCCUGUGGAGGAGGCCUUUGGCUGCCCUACCCUGUUGGGCCCUCGUGAGAAGAGGCCAACGGAGGAGCAGCGUGGCAGGAGGAGGAAAGUCAGGCUGGUUGGCAGCUCGGAGGUCCCGGCAGCCAGCACAGACACGGGCAGGGCCAAGCUGUUCAUGGUGGCCGUGAAGCAGGCACUGAGCCAGGCCAGCUUUGACACCUUCACCCAGGCUCUGCGGGACUACAAGAGCUCCGAUGACCUUGAGGCCCUGAUUGCUCGCCUCAGCCCCCUCUUUGCCGAGGACCCCAAGAAGCACAGCCUGCUCCAAGGCUUCUAUCAGUUCGUGCGGCCCCACCACAAGCAGCAGUUUGAGGAGGUCUGCCUCCAAUUGACGGGCCAAGGCUGCAGCUCCCCACACAAGCACGGCCAUCCCCAGAGGCAGGGGGCACAACUGGCCCUGGACUCCAGUGGAAGGAAGGAGUCUGACCCCAAGCUGACUGUGUCCCAGGGUGCAACCAGGCAACUGGACCCUUGCGAGCAGCUAAACCAGGGCCGGCCCCAUCUGGCCUCUGGGCCAUUCCCCGCAGGAGACCUCAACUGCUCACUGCACAAGGGAUCUAGAGCCCCUGGAGCCGAGAAGCAGCACCCAUCUACUGGGAGUGCCUACCUUGCCGAUGUCCGCCGCACCUUGGGGGCUGCUGGUUACAGCCAGCUUCUGACAGCACUGACCACGUAUAAGCAGGAUGAUGACUUUGAGAAGGUGGUGGCUGUGGUGGCUGCACUCACCACCGAGAAGCCUGAGGACCUGCCCCUGCUACAGAGGUUCGGCAUGUUCGUGCGGCCACACCACAAGCAGCGCUUCCGACAGAUGUGUGUGGACCUAAGUGGCCCAGGCACCCGGGCUCCAGGACCCCAGGAGGGGGGCCCUGCCAUGCCUUCUGACCCUGUCUGCGAGGCUCCCAGUCCAGGCCCCAGGAAGACCCAGAGCAAGAUCUCGUCCUUCCUUAUGCAGAGGACAGCUGAAGACACGGGGGCUCCUGGCUCGCCCCUCAGCUUCCCCCGUGGGCAGGCUCAGUUGGAGUGGGCGGGCGUGGCGUGUGCAGGCUGCAGGGCAGAGGAUGUGGUCUUCUUCAAGUGCCCCUCCUGUGACUUCCUCCGCUGCCAGGCCUGCUGGCGACAGCACCUCCAGGAAGUUCCUGGCAGUGUGUCCAGCCCUUCGUCUCCACAGGUCUCUAGGAAGUGCCCUAGCUGCUGUGCUGCCACCAGAAAGCAGACACUUGCACAGGUCUUCUGGCCAGAGCCCCAGUGAACAUGGAGCCCCUCUGGGCACUCUGCAGACACUGAGGCUGCCCUUCCUGGGGCACUGCCUGGACACUUGCCUGUUGGCUGGGGGUGGGCCAAAGAGCCUGCCUGAUAGGGAGGCCAGUCCAGUGUCUGUGGUGAUGCCCCUGAGAUGGCAGUGGGAUCUGGGUCCCUGUGAGAGGCCUUAAGGUCACCUUGGGGUCUGGGGUGGGUCCACUGGAAGGUGCUUGCCCAGAACUUGAAUGGCUGCCAGCCUCUAGGCAGAGCCCCCAUAGGAAGGAAGAGAGCCCUGCCCCUCCUGGGGGUUACCCUCGGCGGACCCGCUGUUCACUAAGGGACAAAGAUGUAAUAAAGCUGCUGGUACUGCUGGA